AGGUGAAUUAAAGUAAACAGGAUAUCUCUGGUGGCUGGGUGUAGCCGGGACAUCAGAAUCUGAAGUUCCGCGUUAUCAGUUCGCUAGGCCUUUGUUUGGAGGUAAAGCAUUAGUACUUCAAAAAGAAUCCUAGCGGAGCAGGCUAGAUACCCAGUAAAGCAGUGUGGUGUUCUGUUUUCUUCUGAGGAAGGACCCCAGUCCAAUUUGUUUGAACCCAGGUAUCCAAACAAAUUACAAGCCUAUACAUCACCAGGGGAUGUGUUUUACGACCGACAGUGAAAUGUACGCUUGAUUGACGGCUUAAUCAUAGUGGUGCUGGGAUACCUGGAAGUUUUCUACCGUGCCGUACCUGUGCCAUUACUGAAUUAUUGGGAAGUUUGAUAUAACGUAUUUGGAGAAAAGUUUUUCUCUUCAUCCAAUAAUUGUGUAUGGACCAAAGUUUUCGUUACCUGCAGUUUUUGUAAGAGGGGAAUUAAUGUCAGAAGUAAAUAUUCCUAAGCUGUUGAACUGGGUUCAAUGCCUUGGAAAUUCUGGAUGGUAAAUAACCAAAGAACAGGGGCCAUUUAUAACUCCAAGACCAGCUGCAAAAAUUGGAAAAGGUGUCAAGGUUCAAUGCAAACAGUUCAUCAACGGAUAAUUUGGAAAAGUUUUUUCUCGUGACUUCUUUCGGAGAGUUGGAGCGGUGUUGCAGUUUAGAUUUCAACAUCUGUUUUAUUCCGGAUUUUAUAACUUGUGUGAAUCAUCGUGCUGCAAUUUCUGCUGCAAAAAUCGAUUAGUUUUGUUUAUAGAAGAUUCGGCAGGUAUCUUCUAGGAGGCAAAAAAUUAUCUUCUGAGUGAAACUUGUAGACAAGAUUACUGUAUUUAUAGGAGAGAUAAAUAGCGUAAUGUGCAUUAUUUAAUGUCUUAUCUGAUGUGUGGAAGUGAUUUCAUAUUCAAGGCAGGAUUUUUAUAACCAGCAAAAAACAUUCAGAAAAUUUGCCAAGGAUUUCAUUUUCAUAUCAGUGUGCAUAAUUUUUAAAUGUGAUUUACUGAGUGAAGGAAGUUUUUUCCACAAAAUAUAUUCAGCCCCCCAAAAAUACAUAACAAAAGGAAUACAAGUGUGUUAUUACCAAGAUAUCAUGAUGAUCAAUUACUUUUUCAAAAUAUAAAGGAAGCCUCAAGAAUAUUAAUAAAUCAUGCAUGAGAAGGCUGGCGUGACAAAGACGAUUUCUAUGUGUUUUCUACUAGACUGCUUAGAUAAAUACAACAGUGGUUAAAAUUGGAUCAAAAUUCAGUGAUAUUAUGAAGUCUGACCAGUCGUGUGACAUGUUAAAUAACAAGGCAGACUUGAAGUGAUCAACAGAAAUCUUGUUAUAUCAAAGAGAUAGUAAAAAUGACCAGCACUGCAGGGCAAAAUGAUAUUUACCAUGCUAGGAUGGUUCAAGUGAUUGGUGUGACCCCAGGUCAAAAUUCCACACAGGCACAAGGACAUAGCAGGACAGUAUAUUCACAGCCCCAGGAGGGACAAUCAGACCUGGUUAGUAAAGAUAUCCAUCAUAGACACCAAUUAGACAUUUCUUCACAGCAGGGGAAGAUGGGAAGUGAUGGGGACAAAACACCACCUUUACCCCCCAGGGGGGCCAAAUGUGGUAGCAAAGUAACUUCUGCAUUAGAGAGGCUAAGUCUCCAUUCCGGAAAUCGAAACUUCUUAACAAAAUAUUUCGAACAGAAUUCUUAUGCACAAGAAACUAAAACUGUGAAUGGGGGAGUGAAACAGUUGAGAGGAAUUCUUAAAAAGACAGAGACUUCUACAUUUCAGGAAACUGAGAAAGGGAGGGAAACCCCUCCCCCUAAAUUGCCUCCUCGCAUCCGUAAAAGGCCAGUAUCAUAUCCUUCUAAAGAGGAGGCAAUAUCACCUCCAAAUGGAAUUAUUAGAAAAGAAACUGUUGAUAAGCAUAAUGGUGUCAGGACACAUCCUCAGCCACUUACAAAGACUAAUGUGACAAAACAUGAUCAAAUCUGGACUAAAGAAGAGAAGGAGAAACCUGUGAAUGGAGUGUUAAGUCCCCCUCUGAAUCACAUCACACCAGAGUCAACGGAGGAACUGUGGAAGAAAUUUGACAUGCUGGACGUCUUGGAUUCUGCGAGUGACCAUAGUGAUUCUUCUGCAGAUACCAUGAUCAUGAUGACAACUGCAGAGGAGGAAAAGAACCAGACCAAAAUCACACAGAGCAUGCAAAAAUAUAAAACCCAAAAGGAUGAGCAAACAAUAUUCAGUAACGAUAUGCAAAUUCAGUUUCAAAGUCCUACUGAACCUCGGGAAGCUGAUAAAAAAUCCACCAAGAGCAUCAGCCAGUUGUCUCCAAAAUCCGAAGAUACGGAUGAUGGAUACGGAACAAACUCAAGUCAAGGAACCACAGUGUCGUCUCCUUUAUCCUCCAGUUUGACUUCUCUGAAUGUGAUUUCAGACACAGACAUUUCUAUUGUUCAUGGGGCACCUAAGUUAGCCACAGCUACCUCAACUACGCAGCAGGAUAACAGUGCAAUUCAAAACUCCUCCAAAACUACCUGGGCUGUCCGACGCAGGACCAAAAUGGCCGAAGCCAAAGAAGAAUCUAGCUCGUUACAGGAACAGCUUCGACAACUUGCCAUUAUUGAAGAAGAGGAUAAUACUCAAGCCAAUGAUGUUAGUGAAAAUAGUGGUGACAGAGUGUCAAGAUCAAGGAGUUCUAGUGUGAAAAUGAGGCAUUCUCCUCAAAAUGUUUCAAGUGCAGACGACACUCUGGAAUCUGUGACCUCUGACCUUGAAAAAUUUGAAGGUGAUUUAUAUGACAAAAUGAUCGAUAUGGAUCGCAAUUACAGGAAUUACUAUGGAUUUGACAAAGAUUUCGAUGUCAAAACAGAGGAUUCCAAAGUGCUCUACUUCCAAGACAAAGUGUUAAAGCAAAAUUAUGGAAGUGAUAAUUAUUAUAACCCCAGAGGAUAUUAUGGGAAGGAGUAUGGAGAUCAGAGCUGUGAAAGACUGUGUCCACCACCCAUGUCUUCAGUUGGAUCCCUGCCACGAAAUGUGUCACUUUCUCGAGACUAUAGUUCACAAGAGAGUUCCUCGUAUAGAUCAAAUGCAAGUUCUGGGGUUGGUUCUGUUGAUGGACGAUUCUACCAACUCACAAACAUGAGUAUGGACAAUAUUCGAGUUCCGAAAAACUUGACUUUGCCUGGAAUGCCAGGAAAAGGGCACUUUUCGUCUUCGGAUAAUUUAACUCAAAAUGGAAGGAGGCCCCUGUUUGCAAGUUCUGCAGACAUUCAAAAAUUGUUUCAAACUCGGGACAAUAUCAGUGAUCAGUUACAGAGACCAGCUUCCUGCAGGCAUAGUUUCCACGCAAUGCCUUGCACUCAACAGUGGAUCGUGGAUGCUCAAAAUCAGGCCAGUACAAAUGAACCAAGACCAAGGGCAGCCUCAGCAAGUGUCUCUUCCAAAUCUAAAUCUUCAUGGAAUCCUUUCGGAGGAAUGUUCAGUAAAAAGAAGAACAAAUCAAGUGGUUCAAAUCAGGAUGUAGCAGGUAAAAAAUCAAGUACAGAAAGUCAAACUGUGCCACCUCAAAAACCCAUUAUCAAGUCUGGAACAAAUGUUUCAACCUUGCCAGAUGGACCACUGAGACGGUAUGCUGAGAAGAGGGGCUUAGAAGCCCUACCUAAUGGCAGUACUUAUGAUAAACCAUUUAGAACUGUGAAACAUGUUGCUCCUUCAGGCACAAAGUUGUCAACACUGGUGUAAAGAAGUUGGUUUCCUAAAUGGUUGACAAGCAUUUAAGAGUUAUCUUUCCUGAUCAGUAUGUUUGAUUGAGAAAUACAUGUAGUAAUCAAUAACAUGAUUUUAUCAUCUCUUUUAUCAACACUGUCAUAAAUUAUCUGCCAUUUUGUCAAACUAACUUAUAAUUAAUCAUUCAGUUUCUCAGGGGUUCCAUAAAUUCAUCAUUGUUUUAAUGUUCUAAUUUCCAUAAACUUUGAAGAUACCAAUCAUACAUAAUCAUGUAAAAAUUUUGUCAAUUCAUAAAAUUAAUGUAUUGUAGCACUGGAUAUACAAAACAUUUUUGUUUUAAAUAAAUUCAGUGAUUGACCUGCAUUUUUAAUAUUGCACAUUUUUUUUUUACAUGUAGCAUUUACUGUAUUGUUAAUAUUUUGUUACUUUUUCAUCCAUUUUGAUUUGCACAGAGAUAAAGUUUCAAAGUAUUCAUUGCCUUGGCAAUUUAUUUUUGUACGGGUAUCAAUAUUUUAAAUGUUAUUUUGUGCAGGAAUUGAAAAAAGGGCAAGCUUGUGUUUUUUUUGUUUUUUUUUUAAUUUUGGGACAUGCAGUCAAUUUAAUAAAGAAUUACUUUUUAUUGUAAGUUUUUCAGACAUUACUUUAUGUUUUAUAAAGAAAGAAAGAAAUAUUCAGACACCUAAGAUAUUGAAUCUUGGAGUCAUCAAUGUCAGGUCAGGUUAAGUACCAGUAAAUUAUCAUUUUCAGAUCUUUAUAAUGAUUUGAAUUAUUGUUUUUUUAAAUUGCCAUAGGGAUUUUUAAAAUUAUAAUUUUAAAAGUUUUAUUCAUUUUAAGAUUUUAAUAAUCAAAGCUAAUGCUCUAUAACGCUUUGUGUGCAGGCCACUUUGUAAAAAACGAAGAAUGAAUUUUGUAUAGGAUCUGUGUCUCCCCCUAAACUUUUGAUGCAUGCAAAAUGCAAAUUAUAUACAUACUAGAACAUGAUGUAUUACAAUGUAUUAAAAAUUUAAUCCAAAUAUCAUCACUCAUUAAUUUUUUAGUCUAAAUUUUUAAUCAAUUAUUGUUGCAUACAUUGUUGGUGAAUAUGUACUUGUAUUAAGUAUGAUUUGUUUAAAUGUGCCAUUCUUGCAGCUUUUGUAACCUUUUAUUCUGUUGAAUUUUAUGGCCACAUCAGCUAGGAUGUACAUUUGAUUUUUUUGUCAAGUUAUGAUAUCAGUUUUUAUAUAGUGCUAUACUAGUCCUAACUUCAGAUUGUUUUUUUUGUAAACUGUAUGGUUAUCUGCCCUUGGUUUUUUUUAGUUUUCAGUUUAUGUCUCAGGCUAAACCAUUACGGUCAAUAUUUAAACCUUGACAUUUUAAGUACAGAAAGUUUAUACUCAAAAAGUUAAAAUCAGGAAACAUAGUUUGAAAAUUUCAGAUAGCAAAACAUUUCAUUUGGAAAAUAAUUUACUCAAUAUGUACAUGUAUAUUGUACAGGUUGGUGAUGUGAACUAGAUAUUUUAUCAAGUCUUUGAUAACAAGAUAUUCUUUUUAUGGAUAAAGAUAUAAAACUGCUAAAAUGAGACAUUAAGUUUUUUUUCUACUCCAAUGUAAAUUAGGGCAUUAUUUCAAGAAAACAGUUUAUACAAUUAAAUAAAAAAAGAUUUAGAUGAAUAAAACAUAACUGCUGCACAGAAUGUGUAUUAUGAUUGUCUCAAUUCGUUUAAAAAAAUUUGGUUGUAAAAAAAGUAUAAUAGGGUAGUGUUAUACCAAUUUUUACAUAUAUUUUGGAAGUUGUUUUUUUCUCUCUAAGAUAGAUUUGAGGGUGCCUAUAAUUCAUACAUGUACAUUUACUUAAAAUGGUGGCCUGAUUUUGAUUCUUUUUUUUUUUUUAAUUUGAUGUCCAUGAACUGCAGGAUAUUUUGUACUUGUGAACACAUCGAAUUUUCUGUGAUAAAAGACUGUGAACAUUUGAAAGAGUUUGAACUAGAAAGGUGUUCUCAAGCUGCUUGUACAGGUGUAUUUUAAUUCUAUCCAUGUAGCAUUUACUGUCACUAAAUCAAAAUAAACUGUAUGUCUGAUA